CACAAGCACAAUGCUUGGCACACUACCUGCCACACGUGGAACAUAUGCUCCCUUGGGAAAUGAGUGGCUAAUAUGUUUAUUUACUUGCUGGCUUGUUUUUCCAUUUGUUUCCUUCACCAGAACUUCAGUACCAGUUUGUUGAAUGAAAGAAGCGACAAACCAUCGGGCACCUAAAGGCGAAGUUCACCUCCACGUGGUCAACUCUAGCUCCAAGGUGGUCUCGGGAUCUCAGGACAUCACCCUGGGCUGCUUCAAAGGUGAUCUUUCCCAACUGUCUGAAAAUGUGGUUAAUCGCAUGAAGGAUCCCAGCCAGCCCUCCAAAGUGGGUCAGCCAGUUCCUCCUUGCACCCCACCUUCUUCAUUUGGCACCUCUAAAGGCCCACAGAAAGAUACCAAACAGCCCAAGUCAGAGCACAGUGGAGACCAGCAGCCCUUUGGGCCAGAGGAUCUCCUCAGGAGGUAUAAACAGGAGCAGGCCACAUUCCAGGAAGAACUGUUCCAGGUGGCAAAGAGGGAAAGAGAGGCAGCCAGGAAGCACUGGAGUGAGUCCCCACAGACUAGGGAGGGCUGUGCUGACCAGGAGAAGCUGAAGGCAGCCCAGAUGGCCAGGGAGCUGGAGAACUGGGAGGCAGAGCUGAAACGCCGUGAAACCAUCUUUAAGGAGCAGCUGGGGUGCAUUGAGAAGAAGAAUGCCGAGAUGUACAAACUAUCUUCACAGCAAUUCCAUGAGAUGGCUACGAAAAUUGAGGGCACGCUAAAGAUGAUUAGAAGUUGGCCAGAGGAAACAAGGAGAAAGAGUAUUGCAGAGGGCUCCACAUGUGCCAAGGCCCUGGAGCAGGAAAUUACUUCCUAUAUUCAAAGAAGUAAAAGAAAGCCAGUGUGCCUGAAGAGUAACAAACAAAGUGAGAGACACCAGAGACAGGAUGAAGAAUCAAGAAGUCAGCGGAAGCCAGACCACGCAGGAAAUUGUAACCACAUAGAGAUUUUUCUUGUACCCUAAGCCCUGAAAUAUCAUUUUACUAGUUCAGUGAAAUACUAGUUCAGUGAAAUACUGGGGUUUGCUCCCUAUUUUCCUGAGCAUGUUAAUUAUGGUAUGUUAAAGUCAUCUGGUCCUAAUUCUUUAUACUCCUGGUAAUUCUCGAUUGAUUGCCAGCACUGUACAGAGAAAGUGCAGAGGCUUUGGAGUAUGCAGUCACACCUGGGUUAACAACGAGGAGGAUACUUUCUGAGAAAUGUGUUGGCAGGUGACUGUGUCACUGUGAGUGUCAUCGAGAGUGCUUUCACAAACCUGGGUGCUACAGUCUACCACACACCUAGGCUGUAUACAGGGUCCACCAUUAUCUGUUGUUGACCAGAAACCUCAUUAUGUAAGACCAUUUUCUUCCACCCUAAUCGUUCAUGACCACCUGAGAGAAGGCAGACCCUCCAAUCCCAUGUGGUCUGAGCUUGCCUGUGGUUUUGGUAAAACUCAAGCUACUCCUGAUUCACCCCUGUACCUUGGGUAUGACUUUCCAGAACUCCUCUCAGAACUAGGUGAGUUCUAAACCCCUGUUUUUGCUUCCUUGGCACCAUUAGACUUCUAAAAUUCCACCCUGCCUUUCACUGGCUUUUUACUUAAUUUCUUAGCCUUCUAAGUGGCUCAAAAAUCUGACAAACGCCAUAGAAGAGGAAAACAACAGUGUUGACUCAAUAUUUAAUUCCCUUCUCUCUGGAAUCCUGAUCCCUCAAGUCCUUGCUGCCUCGGUAGCUUUGGGCUCCAAAACUGCAUUGUCUCUCCACUGCCGGUGAGAUUACCGGAAGUCCUGUUGGCUUCCACCUUUUUAAUGAAGUAGUUUGCCUCACUCUCGAUUUCCCUUCCUGUGCACCAGGAAUUGACAAAAACUCCAAGAGGAAAAGUGGUUCCAAGAAGGAACACUCAUCUCCCCACAGCCCCUUUCUCUUCAAAAUCUUGGCCCUCAGGUUCCAGUUUCCUGGUUUGUUGUGGUCUUUAAAUGCCUUCAAACAGUUUUGUUGUGUUCUGUUUUUCAAAUUCAAACCAUAAACAUUGUUUUCUC